CGAAAUCUCAUUCAAAUGGCUGCGAGAAAAACAAAAAGCAUAGAUGAAAUCGACGACAUAGGGGAGAUGUUUGAGGCGAUGGCGGCGCUUGACAUUUCUUCGAAAGGGUUGCAAACGCUGCAAGAUAUGAAAGAUCGAGUAAAAUCUACAAUAGACCAGUCUUCAAAAUCACCCAAUUGGAGUGCAGGUCAGGUAAGAAUGCUAUAAUAAUUCCUCAUUUCAGUUUGCGCGUUGUACUGGUUGUCAUGGGCAAAAUAUUUUGCAUCAAUCGUUUGCAUUGCUCAUGUAAUUAACGAGUACGAAAUCGAUUACGAGUCAGACGAGUACGACUUUGGAAUUUGGAGCUUCUUGUAUCCCCAAGAGUAGUUGUUAGGGCUAGUAUUGAUGUGAUAGUUGAGUAAUUAUAGUGGUGUGCAAGAGUAUUGAAAGCAAGAUUCGCAGAAUUGCGUCCUUUGUUCUCGCGAAAAUUCAACGAACGUUCGUCACGAAAUUUCGCUAAAGCGCCCGCGAAUUUUCGUUGAAUCAAACGAAAUUUCAUUGUCAUCUUAGCAAAAUUUUCGCAUCCUCUGAAGUGAAGUUUCGUUUAGCUGAAGUGAUUUCGUCGGUGCGAUAAAUCGCACCCGCGAUAUGAGGUAGAUGAGUUUCACUGAGUGGUUUACAAACUAUUACUCGUGCUCGAUCUCGUACUCAUUGUCCACUGAAUCUAAAGAACGUUUUAGGUUCCUGGCGCAUCCAGUGGAAACGUAGGUUAUUCGUUACUUAAUGUGUAGCUGAUUAUCCUUUAUCAUAUACAUGACUGCGAAAUUGUAGCUUAUACAGGAAAGACAGUAUACGAUCGAGCUGUUUAUUUCAGCUGUCCCUUCCCCUGCAAGCCGAUUAAUUAACAUCCUUGUGGCGGACUUAGCUUUUGCCCAUCUUUUUGCGGAGAACCAGACAUUAGCGUGCGUAGAACUAAAAGACAGGGGAAAUAAUCAUUCUUUGUAGAAACUUGAGGAUUAUAGUGCCUGAUAUUUCGUUUUAGUUUCAAAUAACGGAGUUAAGGUUUAUAAUUGCGUGCUACUCCGAUUGCAUUUGACCCUUCAUGCUGACUCGAAAUAUCAAAUGGCACAUUUUUUAUUACCAAUGCGUUAUUCCUUCAUAUCUAUGCAGAAGUCUAUAGUACCUUUAACACAAAAUUGAAACUAAAAAUCUUAAUCGCUCAGACUUAGACUUUCGUAGUUUAUACGACUAAUACGACAGCGCACCCAUCCCGUUCUGGCGCGCCUUCGUUCCCUGCUGCUUUCUCCUCCUUCCGUGUUACGCAUCAACACAGGCUGAGUUGUUUACCAGAAAGGCUCUAAAUCAAGGACCAUCUUCUUAUUUCCGAGGUGACACAAUUGCACUGAAAGAAUGUAUGAAGAUUAUAAAUAUCACAGAAGCCAGUCGAUCUCUAAAAUAUUGUGGAAAUAACUCAGGGGCACCCAACGAGAAUAUAGUUCAAAACCACUUAAACAUAGCAUUGUUAAACGUGUUUUAGUAUUUAAACAGUGGAUAUGGGCAUACAGUCGACUCCCGAUAACUAGCUCGAACCCUCACUUACUCGAACCAAAAUCGAUUUCCCCUGGAUUUCCGUCAUACGUUCACUGUAAUUUUACCCUCGGUAACUCGAACCCCCGAUAACUCGAACUCCCGCUAACUAGAACCAACUUUCGUUUCCCCUCAGGUCAUUUUCUAUAUAAUUUUACUCUUGAUAACUCGAAUCAUGUUUUGAGCCCUUAAAAAGUCGGGGGAAAAGCCGUCUACUGGCGUCCGAAACAUCGAAUUUUGGAUUUCCUACUGACGUGUUCUCGGAGUAUAGUUCACUAGUGGAGGCUAAUGUUGAUGGUCACAGGCUAACGUGGAGCAGCUUUACUUCUCAAAACAGUAAAACGCAUGCUCUAUUCAGGCUAUGUUUUGUUGCGUUACGUUCUGAUUUAUAAUCUAGAAGUAUCUUUUAAUUUUCACUUGACAUUUCUACAAUAAAAUGUGAUUAAAAUAUUCACUGUGCAGUAAAAACUGUUUUUUACCUUACUCUGGGCUAUUUUCUUCGAGCUCCCGACAACUCGAACUCCCGAUUACUCGAACUUUUUUCGAUUUCCCUUGAAGGUUCGAGUUAUCGGGAGUCGACUGUAUUUUUAUCCCCUACAAAUUUUUCAUCUGUUCGGAUUUCCUAUCUGAAAGUUUAGUGAUCCGAAAAUUAUACGGAUCAAAACUUACCCGUUCCAAAAUUUCAGCCAGAAAAAAGGCUCCCCAAAAUUUUUAGGUGACCUUUUUAGGGUAAAAAUCCCCUGAAAAUGGGCAAUUUUACCAUUUUUUAGAUGUUCGAAAAUCCUAGGAGAGGCAGGCAAGCAAGAAAUUUUGCAACAAAUGUUUCGAAAAUUCUAGAUCUCAAAUCGUCUUCCGAACAGAUAUUUUUCCGAAAAUUGUCUUUGGGUGCCCCUGAUAACUUUCCAUCUGAGUGUGUCAUUGUGAACCUGGGCUACUGGGCGUGGCAAGAUCUGUUUUCCCAUACAAAUCUAAGUCUUCUAAUUGCCAACGAGCAGCCUCGCGGAGACAUGAUAAAAGCCAUGCGCGAACGUUCCAAGGAAGAUUGAAUCUCGAAGCGAUGUAACAUAAGGUAGUUUAAGGUAUAACUUUUAUGACUUAAUGCAAACAGAGAAUGCAUUGUUUUCGAGCGAACAUGUGCAUAGUAUAUAUCAUAGGCACGUUUAACGUGCAGGAGCUAUAUUUUGAAUUGCGAAUGCUUCAGCGUAACCGUAUCAACAAUCAACUGUUUUAAUCCUAAAUUAAGACUAUGUUUUGUGCCAAAUUGUGUAUUGCUGCACUUUAAUGAAAACGAGAACCGCUGCGCACAGCUGAGUCGGUCCUCAUACUAUAGAUUCACUUUCCUUUGUCUUUCCUUGCAAAAUAAAUAAAUUGUUAAAGUCCUUGGCUAUGAAUAUCAACUCUCCAAACGUUGCUUAGAGGGAAGACUCGCAGGGUUUCAAGGUUUCCUCGUAGUUUCUUAAGAUAAUGAAGCUCGUCGAAUACCGAAUAGCUAAGAAAGGCCACGAGUUUCAUCAUUGCUGUAGAUGGUUGCAUCAUCAUUAUUCACGAGGUUGUCGGCUUUACAAUAUCUGCUUCUCUACUUGUCAACUAAUUUUUAUGUGCUUUUUUAACUUCUAUUUCAACAACUGAUAUAGUUUUUUUCAAAAUGCAUUGUUUUCGUGUUUGGAGAAUGUUGAUCACGUGACCAACCGUUGUACCCGCCGACCUAUAGUUCUGUAUACACCUUGUCAAGGUGAAGCCGACGGGAGAGGAUGUAGGCCGGUUUUUCUUUUUUGUUAGUUCAAUAAUCACACAAGAGUUCAAUAACCACAUCGGUAGUUAAAUGACCACACAUUAGUUUAUUGAGCGUAAAAUACAUGUAGCUGCGGGAAAAAUAGCCACAAAUACGUUAGAUGUUUUUUAAUAUGAAUGUGUAGCAUUAAGUAGGUGGUAAAUACUCAUUUAGCAACGAUACAAGGACUAAAUUGAAAGAAAAGGCUAGUAAAGCAAACGACACAGGUAGGCCUAUAAUCACUGGGUAUAGGUGUUGUACCAUAGAGGCAUCUAAUUUUCUGCAGGCUGAGGAAGGAUAAACCAAUCACGAUGCUUGUUUCCACGCUUUGUGAUUGGUUUGUUUCUUUCGCUUCUGCUUCCGACUCCGACAACCUAGUUUUCACUGGUUCAUAAGCGGCGAAGUCAUAAGCGGAAUCACACCGCUGUUUUCACUAGAUCAUAAGCGCUCACGACUCCGACUUCGAUUCCGUCGCUGGUGCUUUAGCAUACGAAAUUUUUACAAACACGUCAAAUGGAAGGGAGUGCGCGUAUACAGCAAGUAGAGUGGACAUGCCAAAAUGUUUCCAACUUUCGUUCUGUGGCUCGCAAAAGUAUUGACAAAAAGACACAUUUUAAAGACAUGUAAAGACACAAACGGAAACCUUCCAGUACACACAUUAAUUUCACCUCUUGUCACCCGCCGAGUAUUAAAAAAGGAUUUGUCAACAAUAAAACUGAAUUUUAAAGCCUCAAGAAAAUAUUUAAAAAAUAGCAAAAAAUGCAGAGAUAAUUACAAGAAUGAUUGCAUCAUUCUGAUAUCCGAACACGAUGAACUUAAACUAUGACUUUAAGUUUGAUGAUACGCUUUUUCCGGGACUGAUGAAUUGAUUAUAAUUCAGUUUUGUCUUGUUUUUGUUUUUUGUACUUCUUUUCCUAGGCGUUUUCCAUCUUGACAGAUGCACAAGAAGAUGAUAUAAAGAAAAGAAGAAUUUUGCUGAGUCUUUACUUUGAAGCCGGGGAAUUAGUUAAUAAACUGGACCCCAAAAUUCGCGCCCUACUACAGCAGAGUGUUGGUAAUUUAGAGGAGAAGAUUGAAAAUCACCAACUGCAACUGACACUAAGGGAAUACUUUGUGCUUGUGGCAGGUCAGAAUCAGUUAUCUUAAACACUUUGACAAGAGCUUAGCGCCCCUUUAAAUGAGGCUAAUAUAGUAAAUGAGCUCCUCCCCAACUAAACCUUUUUAUUCCCCGAGAAAAAAGAAUAUCUGAAAAUACGGUUUAGGACGGUUUUGAGGUAGGUAAGAAUAGAACGAUUAUAAACUUUAACUUGAACUAUGACUUUAUCCACGAUUAGAGACGAUUGAACAUUAGCACCUGACGUUUUUAGUAGCCGUUUGUUUAUCCCUCGCACGUACAUUUUAAGACAAGUUUAGUGAUGAUUAGUUCCCAUGGUUACAAGUUAUGAGGUCAUAAGUAGCAGCUGGUCAAGCCAAUAUUUAGUGAAAAUACAUGUCUUUUUUUAAAGUAAAGAUUGUGGAUAAAAUUAAGCAAAGUACUUAUUUAUGUGUUAUUUUACAUGUCAAGCACAAGACCUCUACCACCCAUAAAACAUACCUCAUCCUUUAAAAAAUAUCAAAGGCUUUCCUCUGAAGGUAAAAUCUAUUCGAAUUACUGCAACAUAUGAAAACUCUAGGGAGGGGUUCAAUCAAGCCCCCUUUUGUACCACGGAGGAGAUAUGACUUUGCGUGUACGUCCGAGAGUCAAGUUUUAUAUAAAGUCAAAUACGAUAGCUAAGCUUACUGUAACUUUACACCUUUGCAGGAGAGACGGGAUCUGGGAAAAGUAGCUUAAUAAAUCUUAUUCUCGGCGAGGAGCUUCUUCCAUAUUCAGUUUUAAGUACAACGUCUACCAUAUGCGAGCUUAAGUUUGGGAAGGAACGCAAAAUCGUGACUCAUUUUAAAGACCAGGAUCGGCCAGAAAAGAUUAUCCUGUUAAAGGAAUCAACAGAAGAAGGCUACCUUCAGCAAAUUUCUCCUUACGUCCAUGUGAAGACUGAUCGAGAAAGGGGAUCAAUUUUCAAAAAAAUCGAACUCUUUUGGCCUCACAGUCUCUUGGAGGUAGUUUCAUUGAUACUUCAAUCCUUAAACUUUAAUUUUGUUACUAUUUUAGAUUCGUCUUUAGUUAUAAUUUGGGUUAAGGAGUUGGCCAGUUGGUUUUUUCGUUUUUGUGGUCAUGGGCAUUGGUUUUGGUUAGUUUAACUUUGAAGGAAAUUUCGUCGCCCAUUAAAGUUUUUCUGCAAUAUACCUUCAUAUAUAUUUGCUAAGUACACCUAAUCUGUAAACAAAUAAAUAAACAAAUAAAAAAUAACUAUAGGAUGUUUAGUUGUAAUCUGAAUUCUAUUUACACCCCUCUUAAUCUCAAUCUGGUGAAAAAUAAAUUCAUCCACGGUAAACAGUUGUUUGAUUUGCUUCAACGCUUCGUCUUUGAAGGCGACAAGGUCGUCAUAUUUACUGGAGACGAAUUCAAGCGAAUGAGCACAUUCUGACGACAUUUUCUUCUCGGCGUCCGGCUUCGUCAGCUCCGCUUUCUUUGACGAAAAUUCUUCGGAAAUUUUCUGGAGUUUUUCUUUCAAUUCAGCUAUCUCAUUUUGUAAAGAUUGAUUUUCCUUCCUCAGCUUUUCAUUUCCCGUCAUAAUUGGCAGAAGAACCUGAAAACUGAGCGUUUUAGGCCAUAGACAGAAGUAGAAUGCAUCGAAUGUGACGAAACUUGGCAGGGAAGUAGACUGAUAAAUUGCCUGUUAAUUGGUUUUCAUUUCAUCCCAUGCGACUGCUAUUGUGACGUCAUAAAUCAUGUCUAAAUUUGGCAUCAGAAUAAAAAUUCAGGAAAGAACUCUUAAAAAUUUUAUAUUUAUUUACUUUUCUGUAUAGAAUAUUAUGAUUUCUGGUGAAAACCCCAUCUCAAUUGGGUAAAAAAACGCAAAGUUACAGCUGAUUAAGAAAUUCAAAGUUCCUGUCAAGUGACCAAAGAAGGCCAAAAUUAGGGGUAUUUUAAGCGCGAGAACAAUGAAUGUAUUGGCACAGUAGCAAGGACAACGUUGCAUAAAAUCAAAAGUUUAGAUUUUUUUUACUUAGGGUAUUUGGUGCUAUGACGCGUUUUUCGUCACGAAAUACGUCAUUAUGACGUCACAAUUUUAUCCGAUUUAGAUGAGGUUUUCACUUUAUAUUUUUUUUCUGUAGCAAAAAUGUCUGUAACCUUUUGAACACUACUUUUCAAAUUUUUAAUGUUUUUGUUAAAAAUAGGUGUCACUUGUAAGGUCAUACCUUCAAGAAACGUCUAAAAUACCUUUACAAUGGUAAAAAUUUAAAGAACAUUUUUCUCUAAUUAAGAUGUUCUAAUGUCUUGUUUCAUUUGGAGUAUAAACUAUACUCAUCUGUGAGCCAAAAUUGAAUUUAAGAAGUUGUGGGUGGGAACGUCUUAGCAACCGACCAUCGUGAUCAUUUGAAAAGACGAAAGAAAUUCCCAUAACAUGUUUACAGUAAAGUGGGUUCUGUCACUCUUCCAUUGAGUGGAUUACCUUAAAUCAACUCAGCAGUCGUAAUCAACAUAUUAGUUCUUUUUUCGUAUGACUGCUUUUUUAUCUUUCACUAUCCCAAAAUACUUCAAAACUCUCUGGAAAUGGUCUUGACAGCAAAUCUCACGUAUGGUACAGUCCAGACUUUACUACUAGAUGAAUUCUUUGCGCUGAAGUUGCUUGAAGUUCCUCAAAAUUGUCUUUGAGAUAAAUUUGAAAAUCGUUUAGAACUGGAGUUUUAAAGCGACCACAAGAGUUUGCACAAGUGUCAAACCACCCUAUUUUGAAAAGCAGCGAAUGCGCAUGACUAAAGAUGGGGUUCAUACCUCGAUCUCCCCAGAACAGAUGGAGCAUAAUGGCAAGCUUCAUGGGGCCGGGUUCUGAGUUAAUUCGAGAAUUCGCGCAUGUUGUAAAACCCACAUUUUCCAAAGGAUCUCGCGAGCGUUGCUAAAAGUGGAGUACUCUUUUUAUCACCCCAAAACAUUAGUAUGAGAAAGUUGUUUUACCUUGCCGUUUGUGUAUUUCAGAAAGGAAUUGUGAUAAUUGACAGUCCUGGCGUUGGCGAAUCUGAUAUUAUGGACGAGAUAGUCACACGGUAUCUACCCCAAGCGUUUGCUUUCAUCUAUGUGAUCAACAGUGCAAAUGCAGGCGGAGUUCAGAAGGACAGGGUACGUAUGGCACAGUAUUUGCCAAAUUAUUUUCCGAGUCAAAUAUGGCAGAGUAAAGAUGGACUCUAGCGUACUAAAAAGUUAUUUCAUUUUUUAUUAUUGUGGGCUGGGAAUUUUCAAAUGAUAUAGUCUCCUAAGCAGUCGUUCUUUGUAUUUAGUGUAGUAUACAAAGUUGAUGACUUAGUGUAGUAUGACAAAGUUGAUGACUUAGUGUAGUAUGAUAAAGUUGAUGUUUAGUGUGGUUGCUGUAGUUAGUGUUGUUGGUGUAGUUACUGUAGCUUGUGUAGUUACUCCAGUUGGUGUAGUUGGUUUAGUUGCUGUAGUUACUGUAGUUGCUGCAGUUGCCGUAGUUGGUGUAGUUGUUUUAGUCAUUGUAGUUUGUGUAGUUACUGCAGUUCGUGUAGUUGUUGUAGUUAGUGUAGUUAGUGUAGUUGGUGUAGUUACUGUAGUUUGGUGUAGUUGGUGUAGUAUGUGUAGUUGCUAUAGUUAGUGUAGCUGUAGUUUGUGUAGUUGGUGUAGUAUGUGUAGUUGUAGUUAGUGUACUAUGUACAGCUGAUGUAGUUGCUGUAGUUACUGUAGUUGGUGUAGUCACUGUAGUUCGUGUAGUUGUUGUAGUUGGUGUAGUUAGUGUGGCUGGUACAGUUGGUGUAGUUUAGUGUGGUUGGUGCAGCAUGUGUAGUAUGUGUAGUUGCUGUAGUUGUUAAAGUUGGUGAAGUAGCUAUAGUAGGUGCAGUUGGUGUAGUUACUGUAUCUGCUGUAGCUGGCGUAGUAGCUAUACUACACCAACUACACCAACUACAGUAACUACCCAAACUACAGUAACUACAGUAACUACAACACUAGACUACAGUAACUACAACUAUAGUAGUUCUACACCAACCACAGUAACUUCAUCAACUACAACAACUACGGCAACUGUAGUGGGCUAAGUGUGCAUGGAAUGUCUCUAUAUUCGUGACGGUUAUCAUGAAUCCAUUACCGAAUUUAUUGUGUCAUUUUUGCUCUUGCAGCUUGAGAAAUUAUUAGAGGAAGUCAGAAACAUAUCUCUUGAAAGACAGGGCGAAUUGCCGUCCAAGUGUGCUUUGUUUGUGUGCAACAAAUGGGACCAAGUGCCAGGGAAAGAAGUAAGCGAGGUUAAGAAUCAUGUCGUCAGAAAACUUCUAAGAUGCUGGCCUGGCGUUGACCCUAAAUCACAGAUCAUACAUAUGUCAACAACGAAAGCUAGUAAAGCUCAGGGGCAUGGUUACAUUACAAAUGAAUUUUCCGAGUUGAUGAAUGGCUUGAGGCUCAUGGUGUUGAAGAGUAUUGGAGCCAGGCUGGAAAUUCAUUGGAAGUAAGCAUCAGUGUAUUUUCUGAUACACUAAUGUUCCAAGUUAAUUGGGUAAAUUACUAGUUUUUAGUGUCCGAGACAAUUAAAACAGACUCAAAUGGUUUUCCCAUAACCAUUUGACUGAAAAAUGCCUAAAAUAUGAGCGAAUAAAUAGAGACCACGCCUAUUAACACAAAUAUAACUAGGGUAUCUAAAAGAUAGUAAUGCUGCGGCAAAUUCUGUUGAUACUGGCAUUCGUUAGGCAGUGAGACUUAAAAGAAUCAAAAAUGACAUUAAAUGGCCUAUUUACAUGUUGGAAAGUACUAGAAUAAUUACUAUCAGUCUAUAGAAAGAACUCGUGGGAACGCUGUUUGGAAAAUGAUCAAGUGGUUAUCAACUCUGGUUUUCCCACAGUAAAUUGUAGGAAAUAAUAGAAAUUGAGAUUGUUUAUCCAUAUAUUUAAUAUACGGUGCAAGAUAUUUUCUCUGGAAACACAAUACUUUUCUUGCUGUUUGUUGCACUUUAUUAAGUAACAGUUAUUUAGCUAUAUAUUUAUAGAAAACAACAACACAAAAAACGGAAAAAAAAGAAAAUAGGAAUAAAUAAUUCGGUAGGACUCGAACCCGGCACCUUCGACUGGACGCGACUACACCUAACCACUACACCACACAGGCUGAUUACGUAAUUCCUAGGAAAAGUGUUUCAUUUUAUUCCUUUACUAUAAAACAUCCGCCAGCAAGAUGAUCGCCAGCCGCAUUAACCGAGCUAUUAACAGUGAAAAAACAAUGUAAACGCAUAUUCCGUGGCAAUGAAUGAAUGAAAGAACAUAAUUAUGCUUUUCAAAACGCCGAUACACGUCCUGGUAUGCAAAGUAGGACACAAAACAUGUUUUGUUAUCUCGAUUUCCGCUGUUAUUUUGAAGAGAAUGGUCAAAAUUACAUCCAUUUUCGGCUCACACAGUUUCUUAAGAAUAGCAUUGCAUGACAUUUUCUCACUUUCACAUCACCUUCUAGCAAGCUGCACUUUGUUUAUCCCCCGUGUUGCGGAGUCGAAGAGCAAAUCAUUGAAAUGCUCAUCUUCUCGUCAGGUUUAACACCUGGACGAGUCAAAGGCUCUUGAAUUGAAAUCCACUCCCCAAGUUAACCAUCGUAUUCAUCUGAAAGACUCCUGCGUGUCUUAAUAUUUGGUAAGACCUCUAACCGUACUGUAGAACUAAGCAGCGAACGAUGCACUACUUCCCCGUGUUUUUAUUUGAGUUGUUCGUGGCGCAAUGCACUCUGGUUAAAUGCAAUGCAUUGUGGUAAAAAGUGUGGUUAAAUGCAAUGCAUUGUGGUAAAAAGUGAUGAAUUCGAGAAUUCGUUGCCCCUUAUAUAUUUCCUUUAAAUCCUGAUUAUGUUGCUGCUCGCUCCCUUCGGUCGCUCCGCAGCAAAUAUAUCUUUUAGUUAGAUUUUUACUAUCGAUUCAAUUUAUUUAGCUUGCUUUUUUGUGCUUAUUGGCGUUCUACCCAAGAAUUCCAUUUUCAUAUCUUGACCAAACGUGUAAGAUAGACUACGAUCAGUGUUAGCCAGAUAAUUUUAAGUUUUUGUUCGGCGCAAAAUGUCAAAUUCUCACGUCAUAACGGCUGACGUCACCAUAAUACAACUGGGUUUAUAGAAUCUGAAAGAACUUUAGGUCCUUUAGAAGGACCGUAGAUGUCCGUUCAGCAUUAAUAGAGACCUUUAGCAUCAGGCAAACCGCAAACCGCAGUUUGCAGUUACGCGUUUGCAGUUUCGCGUUGACGAGAUUCCAAAUUUUAGCAAGGCGUUCAGUUCAUUUCAGUUCAUUUCUAUUUAGACAAAAUAUAAUACAAUACAAGAAUACAUAUAGCAAUUGUAAGGUUGCAAGGGAGCCCAGAAGAAACCAAAAGGCUUAUGAAGCCUGGGCUCCCCAUUCUCAAAGAAAUAAGCAAAACAGUAAAAUGAAAUUCGCGGAAUGAAAUACGUUAAAAAGAGGAACUAAACAGAGACUGAGGUAAGCUAUGAAUUCAGUAACAAGAUAAAAAAAAUUUAACUCUGGAUUGGAACAGAAUACUCUCUUUUGUUAGUACGGCAGAAAGGAAUAUAAAAUCGAUUUGAACUACGCGUUCCUUGUUUAGGGCCGCCAGGUUGUUUUCAUCAAGGCGAAGUGCAUCACUUUAAUCGCCCAAAAAUCAGCAGUAAUUCAUUGAUUCGAGAUCAAAAAUCCAACAAACACAUCGCAAACAGAUAUAAAAAGCUAGUUCAUACCUUUAAACGCGAGAAAAAAACCUUGCCGUAAAUCACUUACCGCUGGAAGCCCUUCCUGCGGUUCAAACGUGAACUACAAACUGCAAACGUGACCGCAAGGCCGUGGUCACGUGACGUUUUGCGGUUGGCGGUUUGCAGUUUCCCACGAAAAACCUGAUGCUAAAGGUCUCUAAUAAUAGCCUGCAUAACAGGCGCUUUAUAUUAUUAGCCAAGCGAAAGGAUAAAAGGGGAGGAUAAAAAUAAAGCGCCUCUGUUGCCAGUCCAUUGUUCUAGCUCUUCCACCCACCUACGCCCACAAGUAUUGACUGACGGCGGUGAUGUCAAAAGGACCAAUCAAAACACGAUCUAUUACUUGAAUAUUGUUACCUUUCUGGCUACCAGCAACACCGACAGCACUAUAAACCACAGGAAACUACUGUCUUGGCAACAAUCACCUUCAAUAGUGAUAAACUCAUGUGAAGGUAAAAGUAAGAUUUAAUUUGCUCAGUCAAAGGUUAGUUAUGUCCAAACACAGCGGCGGGAAAGAAAAGAGAGAAAACGUGUUGUUCAAUCAAUUUCCAAGGUCACGAGCUUAUAAGUCCCGUUUAGCCUGUCAUAACUUAUAAUUUAAAAAAAGUUAGCAAAUCAGUUUUUUCCUAACCUAGUUGGAAGCAAUCCAAUAACACCUUUCCUCUUAUGAAAUAAAUUUAAACAUUUUUUUUUUUAUUUCUGGAACAUUUGAAUAUAAACGAAAGGCUUCUUGACGUGCGUGACGGUUAUUUUGUUCCAGACAAACAUACCAGAAUCUCGCCAGAACAAUGCGUCAUCAAUGAACCAAUUGGAACGCAACGUUCAUGUAGUGAACGUGAGAAGAGCCAGGCGCUUUAUUUUUCUCCUCCCCUCGUCUCGCCCUUCCCGCAAAAUGACGCGUUCACCUCGCUUGGCUCAUAAAGCGCCUGUUAUGCAGGCUACAUUAAUAAAGACGUAAAACUAGUCGAAACUCGAACUGUACAUUUUGAAUGACUAUUCAAUCGUCGUCUCGUUUUGAUAGAAUAAUCAAAUUUGACCCCUAUUACUGGUAUUAGCAAAUUUUAUUCAUUGUUUGUCCCCUAAGAAACCACGUGACAUUGCUAGUAUCCCAUCGAUCCUAGGACGCAUGCAAAGAUGGUGGGUAUCGUGAAUAAGGUCUAUUUACUUCAGAAGACUUCCAAAGGGCUACCGAAGAUUCCCGAAGACAGCCGAAGACUGACUAAGAUGGCCAACCAUUGCCGAAAAUGUCUAAAGAACCCUUCAAACACUUAACAGUACUUUCUUCGGAAACAGCAAACGUUAAAAAAAUUGGCCAAUUUAACAGCAAACACAAAAAAUUAUGGGCAAAUAACACUUAACACUAAACCCCAUUCAGACCCUCAAAAAACUGGAGUAAAACACCGAAAACCCUUUCUCGUUACGACGCGUAAAACUCCAGUUAUCGGACUUCAAAGAUAUUUAAGUGCACCCCCAUGGACCAUAAUUUUUUUUGCAACAUAAGCUAAUAUCCCGGUUAACAUAAACCAUUCAUAGUUGCCCAUAAGCAAAAAUAAAAAAUGGUAAUGUGUCAUUUAUGACUUCACAAAACUGUUUUCUCAUGGCUUUUGCGCAGUUAGGAAUUUGCUUUUUUAUUCUUUCUUUUUCCUUUAGCUUUCACUGUAGUAUAGUGUGUAGCUUAAUAGCAAAGGCGACUCGUCAAUGAAACGCUAAAAUUUAGACUUAUUUUACAAUGGGGUACUCAGUUUUUGUUUUACGAAUUCAUUUAAAUUUUAAAUGUCAUAUCUCAGUUCAUUGAGAUAUUGAAAAUUGAAAGAUUCAAAAGUUUCAAAAUUAACGAAUGAAUGACGUCAGCAUAUGUGACGUUAUAAUUUGACAUUUGAUGUCAUCCUAUAAGCAAGUUUGAUUGGCCUUAUGGUUCAUAUUUUCAGGCUAAGUUUGGUAAAGAAAGAACUAAAGCCAAAUAGUAUCAUGGUAAAUUAACCCAAAUUAUCACGCUUUGAUGAGCCCUUUGGGCGUUUUGAUCGGCCUUACAGUGUUCACCUCGGAAAAAGGCGAACUCAUGUAAAUUAUGAUGGAUUGUUUAGUCAGUAAGGCUGUCAAAUGAAACUUAAUGUCGUUCUAUUUGUUGUUAUCUCAUAUAGAUGGUUGGAUUACCUCCUUUCUCGAAUAAUCUAUCAGGCGAGAGCCUUCGUAAUGAAUGCCUCUAGAGAUCGCGACAAAGUUAUCCAAAAGAUGGGAGAGAUUGUCAACCGUCUAGAAGCAAUUGAACAACAACAAAGUGAAGUCGUUGCUGACCUUCAUCAGUACCUGAAGACACGUACAAAUGUCGCUUUGCAGAGGCUGUCCGAGUACCUUUCCUCGGAAGAAGUUAAAGCCCGCUUUACCUCAUGGACAUUAGACGAAGUACCAAGCUCAGAAGACUCCUGGGAGGUAACAGAAAACCAAAUCGCUAAAGUGCUAUCAAGACGACUCCGAGAAUUCAUAGAGCAUUGGGAAGAAGAUAACAAAGUGUUUGCAAACACUCGUGCUUCCCUUAUGCAGCACUUUCAGACACGCUUCAAUUUUGUCGAAGGACAGCUGCGGAUCCUUCAGAACGCCAUCACUGCUGAAGACAUUGUUUUACAUGAUCAGCUUCCAGAAACAAAUUUCUCCUUGACUGAAAAAGUGAUCAUUGGUGUCACAAGUCCAAUCUGGGUUCCACUCGGUUUAGUUGCUUUGGUGAUCGGUGUUCCUGUCUAUGGUAUCAUGGCUAUAAGAAGCAAGUUGGAGGAUAGAAAGAAAACAAAGAAUUACGAAGAGGACAAGUGUGUCUUCAUGAAAGAAGCGUCGGCAAGGUAUCUUGAAGAUCUGAAAGAGAAAAAAGUACUGAAACCUUUCGUAAAGGAGCAAAUGAAAGAAGCCCAAGUCUGCCUCAAGCAGAUUGAAGCCCGUUUACCUGAAUUAAUAGAGGCAGACAAGAUGCUCUGCAACCAACUUCGUGACGAAACCCGUUCACAGCAAGACAUAAGAAAACGCUACCAGCCAAUUAUGGAUGAAGGUUCUCAUCUCAGAGGACGACUGGCAGAAUUUGGGUUCAAAGAAGUUCGAGUCACUGAUAUCAGUGGCGAUAAUCUGAACUGGAAGGAGGACAUUUCUUCCCGUCUUGGCUGCGGUGCAUUUGGAGCUGUUUACCAAGGAGUGAUGAAAAGAGAAGAGAAAUCCUAUACCGUGGCCCUGAAGGUGUACAAUGAAGUGCUGAAUGCUAAAAAUGCCAGCCUUUUUAUGGCUGAAGUGCAAAUGUUAAGGUAAGAAAAUGUCUCAUGUCUAAGUGUUUCUGCGCGUUCAUCAUCAGUGGUCUGGAUAUAAUGGCGAAAGAUCACUAGCACGAAACAUAAAAACAGAUAGGUCCAUUUUGAGGGAAACGAAAUGAAGCUGAGAUUCGAUACGAUGAAAUGCUUGUAUCUUCAUGAAAAACUACUUGUUGCAAAAUUGAUUUUUACAAUGUUAGACCUUAACCUUUUAGGAAUCAAAACUAAUAGUCUCCUCAAGUCUUUGUUAGCAUUUGUUCUUUGCAAACACUUGUUCUUGCCCGGACACUGAGAGGGGUAAAUCAGACUAGGAAUAGUUUUAAAUAACCCUUUUUACUUUAAUAUAUACCUUUUUAGAAAACUGAGUCACCCUCACAUUGUUGAGUUUUAUGGCACUUCACUGCUGCUAGAACAAGACUCCGUGAGAAUUAUGCUGGUUUUAGAAUGGUGCAAAGGAAACCUACAGAACCACAUCUUUAAAAACGACCACUUGAUUCCUGGGAAAUCAGGAAGAGCUGAUGCCAUGAGAAACGCUCGUCAAUGGGUCAAAGAAAUCACUGAUGCUCUGGCGUACAUUCAUGAACAGGGGAUAGUCCACAGAGAUCUCAAGCUUGAAAACGUCUUGGUAUAAUGCAAAGUGGUGUUAUAGCUCUUUAUUUAACAAGCUUUAUUACAAUAGAGAACAGCAAUAUACACAAUAUAUGAGUCAGGACAAAUUACUUGUGUUUAGACUUAAUCUAUAGUGCUUUUGUCUUUGUUAAGAGCCUGUCUGAUAUUAUAUUGAGAUAAAAAAAACAUUUCUCAAUAACAGAUUAACGUUUAGACAUCAAAGAACACAUACUAAAUCUACGGACCACUUUCUGUUGCAAAAAGUUUCGACAUUGACUCUGAUUCUUAACUUCUCUAGGGAUUUGUGGGUUAGUUAUUUUACAAGCAUGUUUCAAGUCAUGAGUUCACUUGGCUUGAUUUUGAAAAGUGCGAAAAUGGCUUUCAGAACUACAAGUAGUUUUGAUCAUCUUUCAUGUUAAACCAGCAUCCAGCAUCAUAGCUGAGGCCUAGGGAGCCACAGGCAGCUGAGUAAGCAAUGAGGUAGCUUUUAAGACAACAAAUUCUUAAAGGAUAAACUCUGCUUUAUUGCUGAUUAAUCUAAUCGUUAAUUUUCGUGAGUUUGGGAUGCCUAGUAAGCUAGUUUGAACUCCACUGCAAAAAAGGCUGUCAACGUUCGUCACCCUUCUGUGAGCAUUGUCAGCUCACUUAUAAAUAAGUGAAAUUGUCAACCACCUCUUAGCAAUAGAUUCAGCAUAAUGAAAGUGCGACCUUUGAAUUGGGUCUUAAUUGUCACAAUUGUAACUAAUGGAAACAGAGAAGAGACUGAGGAUAACGCUCUGGGUUGUUUGAGCCAAAUAAUCUUUGCAAGGCUGAGAGAGACUAGCAUGGGUCCCCUAGACUCAGUGCUUCUCAAGUGUAACGUACAGUAGUGUUCUUAGCCACGCAGUGUUCUUAGCAUGCUCGACUGUACGAAGGUAUGGUUAAGAACAAAUCAUAUUCCGGCCUACUAUUAACGAUAAUGAGCGAUUUUUUAAGGCCUUUUACUACGAAAAAUUCGAUAAAGGCAUUGCUUAGAGUUGAUUUUAGUAUAGAAGAUUUAUGAAUAUGUGUGGUAGUUUAAUAGUGAAAUCCUACUUUAAUUUAAGUUUCUUUUUUCCUUAAAGCUGUCAGAGGAAAACUCAGUAAAAGUUACAGAUGUUGGCAUAUCUAAAGCAGCAGCAGACAUUACUGGUACCUUUGCUGGAAGCCCUGCUUACAUCGCACCCGAAGUGUUUCGCUCUAAGGUGUAUGACAGCAAAGCAGACAUCUACAGUCUUGGUAUUAUGUUGUGGGAGAUCUGGUACGGAAAACAAGCGUUUUCAAAACUUGUAUUCUUGACCCUUGAAGAUUUCUUCAGAAAGGUGGGUAGCGGGUAUCGUCCAGAACAUUUAGAAGCCCACGUGGAUCCUCCUCCUUGCUGGCAAGAACUCAUGAAGGAGUGUUGGGAGGUGAUGCCAGAGAAGCGCCCUUCAGCUGAGCAAUGCCAUGAACGAGUUUUAGAUUUUUUUUGAGGACUGGUAAAAAAGACUUCAAAAGUUUUUGCCGUUGUAAAUGGUGCAUAAAAUCAAAAGUACUAAGUACUACUAGCUAGAAAAUCAGUUCACAAAACUAUUCUAAGCCACCUACUCCCCGAAAAUCCAGGCCUCUCUUCCACACACUAGGUGUGCUAUAUGGAGAAUAUAGAUGAUGAAAUAGAUAGGUGAUAACAAGCUGUUCAAGACGAAAGACAAACGUUUGGAGCUUACAGAACCUAGUCACAUAUGAUUGUCGUUGUGCAUGCUAUGUAAGAUAUACUUCAGAAUAGUUAAUUAGGCAUGUCCAAUGUAUUAACCAGCGGGGUAAUGUUGCAUACAGCUAAUACAAAAAGGAUGACAUCAGCAAAGCCCAAUAGGCAAUACCGUGGCCCAAUAGAAAUAUGGGAUUAUUAAAGGAACUCGAGUUUUGCAUUUUAAUAAUUUAGCAGAAAACAAAUGCUCGAAAAGUGUUCAUGAGGCCAGCGCCAAGUUACGAACUUCGCUGGCGGGCCAUUUUUCCAGAAGGUCAGAUGCUGUUUGAGAUCCUCUACGCUGGCCAAACGCGUAACAUUCCGUAGUCGAUACGUAUCUUGCUCCCUCUUUUUAUCGAUCUGCUUAGCAUCCUCAGUCUUAUAACAAUUUAUUGCGGCUCCAUUUGGCUUAAUGCAAUGCUUACAUCAUUGCACCCAAAGCUCUUUCGGUCCCGGUAUUACUUAUUGCGUUUUGCAAAAGUCAGCUGUUUUAAAAUAACUGCAUGCGGGUGAAAGGGAUUCAAAUCUGCGAGUGGGCGUGCAUGGUUACCCAACAUGGAGAAGUACUUUCAGUGUGCUACAAAGUAUUUUGAAUAGUAAUACUUAGUUAUCUAUGCUCGUCCAAUAUUAGCCAUCUUAAGGAUACUCAGUUAUGACUUGCUAUAUAACAGGAACAGAAAUUUAGAGAGGAAUUACGUUUUCAUAUUUUUAUACGCCUUUGUACUAGAGACGAACGUUUUGAUCAUAUACCAGGAAUACACAAAACGUGCUGAUUACAAUUGUUGUUUUAGUCACUUAAACCUCAGAAACUCCAUUCCUGACCCUGUCCGAUGUCCAUGUACAAUGUGAGUUUAGGAUGCCUAAGCUAGUUUGAACUCCACUGCAAAAAAAGGUAUCAACGUUCGUCAGACUACUGUGAGCCUUGUCAGCUCACUUAAGUGAAAUUGUCAACCACGUUAGCAAUAGAUUCAGCAUAUGAAAGUGCGACCUUUGCACUGGGUCACAACUUUAACAUAAUGCAAACAAAAAAAGGAUCUUAAUGGCUGGCACAGGACACUAUAAACGAGCUCGUUUAUUUUCACCCUCAGGAGCGUCACCCUUUAUUAUAUGGCCAUGUCUCAAAAGGACUGGAAACAAACAAAUUUAAGAAUUUGAUUGGCUAAAUGAUCGAUCUUGACCGCGGUCUAGAUUUUCCCAUCUAGACCGGCAUCUAUACCGAUCUUGUUGUAACA